UUCGAAGCUCCCAGAAGAAGAAAAGCGCCGAGCUCUUUGAGCAGCUCAUUUUCCCACUCGCGUCCGUUUGAAAAUGGAGCUCUGCGCGUCUCAAGCUGUCGCCAAUCUUCCUUCGAGAACUAACCGCCAUGGACUUCUUCUCUCUGGGAACGUUGUUAAUCUCCUCCGAUACAGAGCCUCUAUCUCUCUCGGGCUGAACAUGGCGGCUCUCGAUCUUCGAUCCCGCACCUUGCGUUGUACGUGUUCAUUCCCAAGAGAAACAAUUUCCGAAGAAGCAUCAACUGGAGUCAAUGAAUUUGGCGUGGAGAAAUGCGAUGGGGCAGUUGCAGUGGAAGAUGUUUCACCUGUAGAGAAAAGUGUGAGAAGCUUGCGAGUGCCCCGAGAAAGAGCUCAAGCUGAAUCCUUGGAGGAUGAGCAGACACAGACACUUGAGUUCUUGAACGGCGUAGAGCUGGACUCUGAGAAUACCUUUUCAAUCCUGCUGCUGUGUGGGAGUGGAGCUUUGAUUGCUCUGUAUCUGGCAUUUGCUGUUGUUGGCUCGGUGGAAUCAAUUCCGCUGUUGCCAAAGUUCUUGGAAGUGGUAGGUAUUGGGUACACACUUUGGUUCGCAACCCGUUACUUGUUGUUCAAGAGAAACAGAGAAGAGCUUAGUACAAAAAUGGAAGAAAUCAAAGAGCAGGUUCUCGGUUCGGACAGUGGCAGAUGAUGUGUCCUUGUGGUGGCGGUGUUUCUCGUGUACAGAAAUCUCUCGGACAGGUUUUAGAAUUUACUUUGGUUGAGUUUCAGAUUCUUGGUGAAGGAAUAUCUUAGACUGCAAGAAAGGUGGCAUUGACAAGUAUGAAGGGAUAUAUUCAAAUUCAAAUCGUAUUUCGUAUUCGAUUACCAAAUCCAAAGAUUAUGCCAAUCUUGAAUCUGGAAUAAUGAGUUUGGUCAUUACGUAUCCUAAAAGGAAUCAGCAUCCUGCUUUUGUUA